AUGGCGAAUCGUGGUUGUUCUCUUCUCGUGCGCAACUUGCGCUAUGAAACAACUCCUGAAAAGGUUCGAGAAGUUUUCGAAAGGGUUGGACGUGUAAAGGAUGUCUAUUUGCCCAUUGACCACACCACAAGGGAACCCCGGGGCUUUGGUUUCGUAGAGUACUUCGAGGAAAAGGACGCUCAAGAUGCUGUUCGCGAGUUCGACAGGUUUCUACUCGAUGGCAACGAAAUCUCCGUAAUUAUCGCACAAGACAGAAGGAAGUCUCCCCACACUAUGCGGAGGAUCCUGGCGGAGCGUCAGAAUGGGAGGUACAACCGAAGCAGCCCCCCCAUAGGCCGCGGGCCCCCAGGACGUGAGGGGUACCGUUAUGAUGGCCGUUACGAGGGCCGCUCUGGCUCUGGGCGCUACGAGAGAGACCACGGGGCGUACGAAGGCGGCUAUAAGGGCAGCGGGGAGGCGUACGGACGGCGGGGCCGCGAGGGCUACGACGAGGGCUACGCGGGGUACGAUGACUACCGGCGCGACUACAGGGUCGGCAUCGAGGAGGAGAGGCGGCACCGUGGGGGGCGCAGCAGAAGCAGAUCGAGGCCUCACGAUGGCUAUCGCGGAGACCGCUACCGCUACCCGACAGGGGAUGGGGGGCGUCGCGCGCGCUAUCAUGAAAGGGAACGCGAUGAGGACUACGCAGCACGGCCUUACCCAGGUGCGCAUUAG